CCCAGAAUCUUACCCUACCAGGCCCGCACACGUUUCUCCUCCGGUGGCCUUGUCCUCCUUCUGGCUUCGGUGCCCCAACCCAGCAGCCUCCCGAGCAUCAACGUCGCCGCGAAAGGGACUCAUCGGCCAGGGCCUCGUCCGGGUGGCCGAGGACACCGGGCGGGGCUGCGAACCGGGUCGCCGGGCCUUCCAGCCCCAGCCUGACCGCAAACCUAGGGCGACGCUGCAAAUAGCCGCGGUUUCCAGCUGGUGCCCUGCUUCCCUCUCGGCCUUCCGGACCUUUGGGGUUUUCUCUCUCUUCUCUCCGCCCUCUCAUCUGCCCGAUGCCUCCCGCCUCGUCCACACAGUGCGCCCACCACAUCCUGCCCCAGGCACGGUGGCUCCUUCGCCAGCGAGGUGGGGAGCCUCAAGACCAGUGCUGAGGCCCAGGCUUCCUCUGUGCCUGCGAGUCCUUUACCCAGUCAUUCAUGAACUACUCGCCCCACCCUAGGAGGUUUGCAAUCAGGGAAACUGAGGCUCAUAAACUCCUCACGGUCUAAGGUCAAUCUGUCUCUGCCUGCAGUGGGAAGGCCAUCUUCCACGUGCAGGCCAUCCUGCAAGCUCUAAUGGCGCUGGAAUCCAGAAUACUCCUUUAGAUCAAGCCUGACCUGCCUGCUGCCACAUGUGUAUAAUGAAGAUGGAAAAGUGGUACCUGUGAGGAAGAAUGUGUUAAGGAAGAUAAUGGAAAGCCUAAAACAAGAGGGUGGAGGUAUUGGGUGUCUUGCCCAUGGGGGCGCUGAGUAAAAAAGACAGGGUGACUUCCUGUGAUGGGAUGAACCAGGAAAUCUGCAUUUUAGCAUGUGCUGGCAUUCUGAAACAAUUCCUAUUGCAACCCACCCACCAGAGAUUUCUGGUGACGAGGUCAGGCACAGUAUCUUCAUCAUCUUCCCAUGCAGUCAAUAAUAGUAAUAAUAAUAGCCGGGCAUGGUGACACAUGCCUUUAAUCUCAGCACUCAGGAGGCAGAGGCAGGAGGAUCCCUGAUUUCAAGGCCAGCCUGGUCUACAGAGCGAGUUCCAGGGCAGCCAGGGCUACACAGAGAAACUCUUAUCUCAAAAAAGAAACAAAAGUAACAAUACCAAUAGUUAACAGACAUUAAAUAUUGACCUUUCCAUACUCUGCUGAAUGUUCCACAUGCAUUAUGUCGCUUCAUCCUCAGCCUUGUGUUACCCAGGAGGGUCCUAUGGUUUACAGGGGUUAAGUUAUAGCCAGGGGUCACAAAGCUAUCCAACAUUGAUGCUCCAAGUGGACCCUGGGUCUCUGACCACAGGGCCCUGGUUACAGAUUGACAGAUGACAGACGGAUGGAUGGCCAGGCAGAGGGAGGAGCUGAACAGACAGGGACUGAGCAUACAUACUCAGGAGCUUGGAGUUCAGAGAAAGAAGAGGGACAGGGAGGCACACAGGCUACAAGUAGAGGGGACAAGUGUGGUGCAGUGGUAGGUCAUUUUGGCAAUAGUGGGACAUCACUGAGGGUCAAUGGCUGAUGUUUGGACUCAGAGGCCAUUUUCUGGCAAAUCUCAGUUCCCACUUGCAAGAAGCCUCGCUUCUUUAACGACUGGCACCUCCCAGGGCAAGCAGUGGGCUCUAAGCACACGCGGAGGCUGUGGAUGGGCAGAGUGCAGAGGAAGAAGAGGUGGAGAGGGAGUGGUUGAUGGGCAGUGACAUACUGGCCAACCUUGAGAGUGCAGGAAGGGAAGCGCCAUACAGCUCACUUCCCAUUUCCAGCAGCAGAGAUACUGCCCUAGGGGUUGUCCCUGGCAAGCUGCAAUCUCCAGGCCCCACCUACGACGCCAUUGUGCACCUGUCACAGGAGGGAACCCAGCCAAAGGUGAGGCUGGCAUUGCAUCGGUGUUAAGCCUUGGGAUCAAAUGUUGGGGGUGGCGAUGGGGAGGUCUAGGCUCUUGAUGGGAUUGGCUCAAGCAGCCAGGAAGAGAGACAGUUAGUGAAGCAGACCAAAGAUGGGAUUACCACAGGAAGGAAGCAGAGGAGCCGGGAAGCCCGGAGAACACGGGAAGAUUUCCACCCACACUGGACUGCUGAAGGAGGUGGCAUCAGGCUGAGGGGCUUCCUGGCCUCCCUGGACAGAGCAGCACUUGCUCACCAUGCUGCCCCUCCUUGCCCUGUGUCUCCUGAUUGGGCCGUCAGUGUGCAGGACAGCAGGGGACAGAGAGGAACGGACACUCGGCACAGAAGCAGAGUCCUGGGUGACCGUGAACCUGAAGGGAAUCCCUGUUGCCAGCAUUGAACUCCAGCUUCAGGAGACGAAGAGCAGCAGAACUCGCCAGUUCUAUGGCCUGAUGGGGAAGCGGGUGGAGGGGACACGUCCAAUUCAGCCAAGGGAAAGAAUGGGGUAUCAGCUGGGACGAAUAGCGCAGGACCUCCUUGGUGCAAGAGGUCUGUCCAUAGAAGGUAGGAGAGGGCAUCUAACGGGUGACAAGAGCAUCAUGGGAAAACGGCCCGGCGUCUGCUGCCAUCAGACAGAAUGGGCUCCUCCUAUACCAUUCUAUCCAGCAGAAGGGUCCAUGGGAGGCAGGAACUGAGUUACAAGAGAUGGGAGAGGCUCCUUCUGGUCUGCUGAGUACUUGUGUUUGUGUGUGCCACAGUAUGUAUAUGGAGGUCAGAGGUGAACUUGCAAGAGUUGGUUUUUUUCUUUCAUCAUAUGCCAGAGACUCAACUCAGGUGGCCAGGCAUGGUGAUGAGUACCUUUACAGGCCGGGCCAUUUCGCCAGCCCUGGUGAAGUUGCAUCUUCCCUAGCCCACGUCCUCUAGGUUCAGUGGAGCCCAUCUCCUAUCUUUGUCUGUCUGUAAAGUCCUAGUUGUUGAUUCCUAGGUCGGGAAUUUAAAGAAAUUCUUAGUCAACAAUUGUCAUUAAGUGGUCCCUGAAGCCAGGCAUGAAAAUAAACAAUUCAGGCUGGGGGAGGAGCAGAGAGCUAGUGAGCCAUCACAAGAAGUGCAGCAGAUCCAACAGUGGUCGGAUGCAGGUCACACUGAGCUAGCUCCAGUUUCCAUGUCCUGCCUGACUUCUGGCUCCUCCCUAUCUUUCCAGAUAGAACAUUGGCUAUUGGGAAGACAGACAGGAAUGAACUCUCCCCUGAGAUUUUCUCAGGGUAUGAGUCUUCCAGAGAGUCUCUGGAAUUCACCCCGAUAUUAAGUUGAAAUAAAUGUUCUACAUGCAUGGGGUGAGGUGGCUGCUUACAGACACCAUUUUCCAGGGAUAGAAAGUAAUCUGUCUUAAGCCAUACAGUGAGCUAGUAACAAAACCAGUUUCCUGGUCAGUGGCAGUUCCAUGUCCUCAGGAAAUUCUUUCGGGCUUUAGGAUACCAUUCCCCUUUCUGUGGAUGAUGAGCGAGGGUUGGCUGGAGACGUGGCAGAUAAACCUGUAAUUUCAUUGCUCUAGGAACCUGCAGACAAGAGACACACCACCAGAGUGCAGGGGCUGGAGCAGUGGCCACAGAUGGCCUCCGGAGUCAAAGAGGAAGGCCAGACUCUCUCGAUCACCAGCCACGUGUAGCAUUCUCCCUGGGCACAGAAGAGGAUGACCAGGGUUCAGAGUGAGCCCUAAAGGACACUUCCCCAAUGAUGCCAUGCCCAUCUUUCCCUGAACAUCACAGCUGAAGAACCUCAG